UGUGGUAAUGAGAAAAAACCAUUCCAUUUCAUUUCGAUAGUCGACAUGAGAUCAAUAUGGUGUUUGCUUUUGAUUUUUUCACUAUCGAAUUGUUUUGCUUGGGAAACAUCAGCAACUUCUGAAGCAUUGUCUGCUUUAAUAGACAAGUUGAUUGCACAAACAGAUACUAAACCUAUGCAGGAAAAUAUAAAAUAUAGAGAAUCUGAAAAUAACGCACGUGCAAAAUUAAAGAACGAUUCAAACGUUAUAUACUUAAAAUUGGUGCCAAAUGAAACAUAUAAUUUGACUUUACAGCCAAAUGCAACAAAGAGCAAAGAAUCUGAAAUAAACAUUGAUCAAGAAAAAAGUUUUAUCGAAAGUAACAUACAAAAAAUUUUAAACUCGACAAACAAUAAAGAUGUCUUAAAGAAAAUAUUACACGAUAUAAAAAUCAAAAUAGAUAAAAACAAACCAGAACAAGAAAUAAGAACACCCGCUAAUAUAAAUUCAAAUGAAAAUGAAGAUCCAUCAGCAUAUGAGAGAAACAGAAGUAACGGGUUUGUUGACUUACGCAGCAGUGAAAGUCACCCUAACAUACUAAAAACUAAGAAAACUUUAGUACUUAAUGAUGACACAAAUAUAGAAAAAAUAGUACCUGAUGUUUUGAAAACUAUUAAAAAACAAAUACCUUCUAUAGAUGUAAAUGAUAAAGAAGAAUUAACAAAAGAAAAGUUUGAGACAAAGCAAACAAAAGAUGAAAAUCUUUCUCCAAUAGAACAUAUUCCUUCAAGAAGACGGUAUACUUCGAAUGAAGCAACAGCAAAAGACACAGUAUCUCGAAAUAAUUUAUUAAGAAAUCCUUCGUUAUUGGGGUCCCUGUAUAUUUCAUCUAAGACAGUUCCAAAGUAUCCGUUAAAUUUGUGUGGCAAUUGCAAACAUGUAGGCCUUGUUAACCUACCGUUGAAUAAUCUAAAAAAUAACGCAAUGUUACAACAGGUUAUGCGUAGAAAAAUAAUAAGUAAUUUUGUCAAUACGAUAAGACCAAAUUUACUCUAUAAGAAUUUUAACGGUAUAAAUUUAAAGUGAAAAGGUCAGUUUUAUAACUAGUUUGUCUCAGUGCAAGCUCUCUGUAUACUUACCUUA